AUGACAGACACUCAGCCCUUGUCUGAAGUCAAUCAGAAACGAGAGCGAACAAAACAGCGACUUGCAGGCGCUUUUCGUAUCUUUGCGCGAUACAAUUAUGACGAAGGCAUAGCAGGACACAUCACUGCUCGUGAUCCUCUCGAUCCAACGACAUUCUGGGUGAACCCCUUAGGUCUUGCCUUUUCUGUUAUGAAAGCAUCGGAUCUACUCCAUGUCAAUGAAAAAGGUGAAGUUAUUGGUGGCGGCAGUUGCAGAGCCUUGAACACUGCAGCCUUUAUGAUUCAUUCGGCAAUUCAUACGGCUAGACCUGAUGUUGUUUGCGCUGCCCAUAGUCAUAGCGUGCAUGGUAGGGCUUUCUGCGCCCUAGGGCAACCUUUGGAUAUGAUAUCGCAGGAUGCUUGCGCCUUUUACAAUGAUCAUGUGGUCUAUGAUCAAUUCAACGGGAUUGUCCUAUCCUCCGAAGAAGGCAAACGUAUUGCCAGUGAACUUGGGACCAAAAAAGCAGCCUUAUUGCAGAAUCAUGGUCUUUUAACUGUGGGUAAAAGCAUUGAAGAGGCUGUCUUUUGGUUUGUGAGCCUGGAUAAAUGUUGCUACGGUCAGCUUCUGGCAGAUGCUGCCGCUGCCGGCAGAAGGAUGAAUACUGUGAAGAUCAGCGAAAAGGAUGCGAGAUAUACUUACGAGAACAUUGGGUCAGAUAGGACAGGAGCUCUGGCUGGGAAAGCUUUAUUCGAUACGAUGGACAAGGAAACCGGGGGCGAUUAUAUUAAUUAG